AUGAAUACAAUUGUUCUUAAAUUAUUUCGCUUAGCUAAGAUGGGAUAGAAGGAAGAAUUCUUAUCUCUUGUGUAAAAUAAAGGAAUUAUGAAUAAAUUAUAAUAUUUAAAUGGAAAGGAAUUAUCUAUGAUAAUAUAUGGCUAUUCAAAAUUGAAUUUGAUGAAUUAAGAAAAUCAACAUGAAUUUGAAUAAAUAUAUUUAAAUAGCAUUAAAAAGUUAAAUGUUCAUGAUCAUGUAAUGUGUGGAUGGUCUCUAAAAAAUACUUAAAAUAAAGAUGUAUCAAAUGCUUUAAUUUAAUCAUUUCAUUAAAAUUGGGAAAAUAUUAAACAAAUGCAAUAAAAUAAAGCCAAUAUAGGUUUAAUUGCUUAUUUAUCUGCAAAUGAAAAAAAUCCUGACGAUCCAAUUUGGAAAUAAAUAGAAGAUGUUUUUUAUGAAACAAUGGAAUUUUAAGAUUAAAAAAAUUUUAUGAUUAUACUCUAUGCUUUCUCUAAAGUUUAACCAAAAAGUGAUUCUAUUUGGAUUUCACUUGAGAAAUAUAUUUGGGGCUAAGGAUUUGAUUAAUUUUCUAGAAGAAACUAGGUUCUUAUGGUUUAUUCAUUUGCUAAAGUUGGUAAAGGUUCUAUGUAAUUUUGGGAAGUAGCAACAAAAUAAAUCCCAAACCUUAAAUUUAAAUUUUCAGAUGAUAUUUCAUUUUGUAUUUGGGCAUUUGCUAAAAUGAACAUUAAUAAUUUAUAAUUCUGGGAGAAGAUGAUUAAUAAAUAGCUUUAGAUUUGGGAUAAGGUAUCUUUAGCAGAUAUUGAAAAUACAACAUGGGCCUUAGAAAAAGUUUAAUUAACUAAUCCUGAUAUUUGGAAUUAAAUUCUAUAACAAUAAGUAUCAGAACAUCAGUCUAUUUCAUUGAAAUAUAAUGAAUUUGAUGAAGUUUUAACAAUUGGUAAGAGAUUACAUAAUUUGAAAAUGGAUUAAAGCCCAUUAUUUUUAUCUUUACAAAAAAAAAUCAAUGGAAUGUUAUCUUAGAAUAAAGUAAACUUUUAAUCUUUGCAUAGACUGCAUUUUUUGUCAGUUUUUAUUGAGAAAGACAAUACUAUAUGUAAUGAAAGUUUAAUCUAAUAAAUAAUUAAUAGUUUUAGUCAAAAUUAAACAUAUAAUUCCAAUCUAAAUUUAUUAAAUAGCUUAACAUUGCUUUUGUAGGAUGAAACUUUGGCUAAAUUUAAUUUAAAUAAUAAAUUCAAAGAGGUUAUCAAUAAGAGUUUUACAAAUAUUAAAUUUAUUGAUUUCAAAUCAAGUAUUGAUUAAGAAAAGUAUUUUUGGAUAGGAUCUUAUUUACUUCAGUAUUAAGAGAAUGAUAUUUUACCAUUAUUAACAUCUGAAUAAAUAUAUGAAAAAGUAGAGAAUAAUAUAUCUCAUUUAUGUAGUUUGAUUAAGAUUUUAUCUAAACAUGAUAAUGCUGCACCAUUUUUUAAUAGAUUAAGAAUGUAUGAACACACAAAACCUGAUGUUUUUAUUAGUUUAUUUUACAAUAUGAUCCAUAAAUAUGGAUAUUUAAUACCAUAAGAAAAGUAUAAGAAACUUAGAAAUAUGUUAAAAUCUAUUAGUCAAACAAAAGAUAAAAUGGAAAUUUAGAAUAAAUUUAUUGAUUUUAUUUUAAUUAAGAAUAAUAAUAUUAUUGAAGAAAUAAAUGCAUUACUAAAGAUAUAGAUUUAAGAUUACUUAAAAUAAUAUAAUAAUGAUUAUGAAGUAAAUAUUCUAUAAAAUAUUAAUUAGGUAGAUUUAUAGAAAAUAUUACAAGAAUAAGUAAGUAAAUAAAGAUUAGAAUUCUAACAGUAGAUUGAUUUGAAAAAUCAUUAAUUUAUAGAUAUUGUAAAUAUUGAUAUUCAAGGUUAAAUUGAGGAAAAUACAACAUAAUGA